AUGUCAAGCAUCCGCGAAGUCCUGGAGGUGCAUCCGUUCGAGGAGCUCUGGCAGAGGUUCGUCCCCGGGAACGAUCCCUCCGACGACAUCACGAACAACUUCUACUAUCCACCCCUCCAUGAUGUGAUCGAGGAAUGGGAGGUGAACGUCGAGAUCGCCAAGAUCGCACGAUCCGUGUUCCAGACAGAAGCAUUGACUCGCGGGAGCUUAUCUCCCCGUAUGGUGGCAUUUGACACCUCGACGAUGUCUCGUGCUGACCGUAACGGCCGCACCCACCGUCCCAGUCUCUCCGUCUACUUCAGUACCCCACGCACCCGUAAGCUCUUGGCCAUCUAUGCGGAAGGCAAAGACGUGAGGGAAGAACAAGUCGGGGAAGAGGAAGAAGACAUUGGGAUGAAUUAUGAGAGGGGCGUGGGCGGCGAGGCCAGAGGUGAAGGUGAUGGCCAGUCGGAGGACUGUGGCGAAGAUGACUGUGGCGGCCACGACGCCGAAGACUCUGAAGUCGCCCGGGCACCCAAGGGAUACGCUGGCAGGACUUCAUACGCCGACAUCGUCAUCCCGCUGGAAGUCAAGAUCAACGCCGGUGACACUGCCUCUGGCGACAGUCCUGCUCAGUGUGGGAUCGAACGGGGGUCUCUGUACGAAAUCACGCAAUCGUAUGCCGAGAUGCUAGGACGACAGCACCGCACUUUCCUCCUCGCAGUCUACAUUCUCUGUAACGAGGCCCGACUCGUCGUCGUCGAUCGCCGAGCGUUCCUCAUCUCUACGCCAUUUCUCUGGGGUACACGCCAAAAUCCAAUGCUUCACCAUUUCUUCUGGCGCGUUGCGCACAUGUCCAAGGAGACUCUCGGCUUCGAUCCGUCCGUUGUUCCAGCGACCAGUGAAGACGAGAAGCGGCUACUCGCCUAUGCCAAGGCACUGCCGACUGCCGACCCCCGACACGCUCUACUCCGCCACCUUCUAUCCCGCAAUUCCAAGACGUCUGAGGUCAAUGCGCAAUGGCCCCUUCACCGCAUGACGAUGGGCGGCGAGACGUACCUCGUCGGGCGUCCGAUCAUUCAAACUUCUAUGCUCCUCGGGCCUGCUCCUCGUGUGUAUCACGCCUUCCGCAUCGACAAUUUUGAUGCAAGUGGCUCCAUCAAAGACUACUGGCGUCCUGACGUCGACAGCGUCGACUGCGAGCACAGCGUCUAUGAGCGGCUUCACGUCAAGAACGUCCCGCAUAUCCCGACGUGCGUCGGCGGCGAAGACGUCAGGGACACUCCAGGUGGGAUCCCGCAGCGCACUAUCAAAUCAUCUCAGGAGCACGUCGUACCUUACAUCCACUAUCGGCUUCUGCUGCAAGAGAUCGUCCAGCCCCUUCUGGACUUCGAAAACUUCUCGGAGUUGUCAGGAUUCAUGGCAGACGCCAUGACCGCACACCAACGCGCUUGGGAAGACGUAAAAGUACUCCAUCGUCAAAUCAGCCCAACGAGUAUUCUGAUCCUCUCUCGGCUCACAAAUGGGGUCGUUACCCGAGUCGCUCUUCUCGGUAACUGGGAACUUGGGAAAACCCCCGAGCAGAUCAACGACGCCACCAGACCCCGUCUGUAUGCGAUGGCGCCAUCCUGGUUCUUCCGGUCAGCUCUGUCUCUGAAGUAUCCCCGACACCGGCCGUAUAAACUAUCGGACGAUAUCGAGUCGUUCAUACACGUCCUCUACUACAUCGUUGUACGGUUCCACAAAACGGAUCUCACAUACGGUUCGUCCUCAUUCGACUAUCUGCGAAACAAAGUCGAAGCGGUUUUCGGCCAAUUCGGUUAUAUCGCAGACGACGAAGUCUACAACGGCGGGUUGGACAAGUUGGGCAACUUCCGACGACGGACAUCAUGGGUCAUAGUCCACGCCAACAAGACUCUGGACAAGAUGCUCAACGAGGUUGCUGAAAUCGGCUACAAGCAUUAUGCACGGAUCAGCUUAGACAACUACGAUGCGAUAUACGGUGGGCGGGCCGGCACGCCCGACUCCUCCUCCUCCUCCUCCUCUUCGCAGUCUUCUUUGGACCCACCCACGACGGCGACCAGUACAUACCUUAAGGAUGUCGCAGAGACGGGGUCGCUGGAGACCCACGAAAAUCUCAAGGAGGUCUUUGUGCGCUAUGGGGACAUCAAGAACUGGAAGGUCGGCGACGCGCUGGCGAAGAAGAAGACCAAAGACUUUUUCGAGGCGGCGCGGAUUGCGUAA